CGCACAGCUAAGGCCAAAAAACGGCCCAAAUGCUCUCUGGUCACGUGGCAACCAGCAAACCAUAAAGCCCUCACAAAACCUCAGCGACCAUUUUCUUUGCGUGGUGAUCGAUUACUUCUCCGGUGGCGCAACUGACUCAGAUCUCCAGAAAUGAGGAGGCUCUAUGGAAUCGCCGCCACACUCCAAGCCACCAGAGGCUAUUACGCCGCCGCGGCUCGAACCACAGAGCAUAGGUUAAUCCAAUCGGCUCUGUACAGCACCCAUAACAAUUCAUCUGCAAUGUCACACUUUUUCUCACACAAUAAGCGCGAGGACCAGUCCUCUCGAACCUCUGCUCACGUCUUAACCGGAACAGUGCUUUUCUCCGUCGCGGCGUCAUCUUUGGCCGAAGAGGCUCACGCUAAAGAGCCGGUCCCUCCCAAAUUUCGCCCUGAUGAUGUAGUUCUUUAUCAGUACGCGGCUUGCCCUUUCUGCAACAAGGUUAAAGCAUUCCUUGAUUACUAUGACAUCUCAUACAAAAUUGUGGAGGUUAACCCGAUCAGCAAAAAGGAAAUUAAGUGGUCGGAUUACAAGAAGGUGCCUAUCUUGAUGGUUGACGGCAAACAGAUGGUGGAUUCAUCAGAUAUAAUCGAUAAGUUGUCCGAAAAGGUUCAUCCACAUCUUGGUGACAAGUCUACUUCAGACAAAGAUGAAGAGAACAAGUGGCGCAAGUGGGUGGAUGAUCACUUGGUGCACAUUUUAUCUCCAAAUAUAUAUAGAAGUGCUUCUGAAGCUUUGGAAUCAUUUAACUACAUCACCACUCAAGGUAACUUCAGCUUUUAUGAGAGAGCAGUUGCAAAGUAUGCGGGAGCUGCAGCAAUGUAUUUUGUAUCAAAGAAUUUAAAGAAAAAAUAUAACAUAACUGAUGAGCGUGCAUCAUUGUAUGAAGCCGCUGAAACAUGGGUUGAUGCUUUAAAUGGUCGAGAUUUUCUAGGCGGAACUAAACCAAACUUGGCUGACCUUGCUGUAUUUGGUGUGCUGAGACCUAUCCGCUACUUGAGAUCGGGUAAAGACAUGGUGCAGAACACACGCAUUGGUGAUUGGUACAGUAGGAUGGAAACUGCAGUCGGCCAACCUUCAACUGUUCAUGCUUAGCUAGCUUGAGGUGCUCUUAACAUGCCUGAACUUUAUGCCUCUUCUUUCCGGAGAAGGUGGCGUAUGAAAUUCAUUUUUGCAAAUAAUACAUACACGGAGAUUGGAUAGAAUUUUAAAUGUUAUUCUGGUGGAGUGAAUUUUAAACUUGCUAUCGAAAGUGCAUUAGUGUAAUACAUUAAAUUAAACCCAUAUAGUGUUCAAA